AAUAAUGCACUAUUUGAGACAUUUUUUUCGUAUUGCUUAUCCAAUAUUACUACUAACCACCAACUGCCCUGUGGAGGGCAGUAGUACACCGGGAAUCGUUAUUACUUGAUAAUCCCCGAAGAAGAAGGAAAAGAGGAAGAAGAAGGGGAAGAGGAACAUGCGAACCAAAACGCACCCCAAACAUUUUUCAUUGAUGGAAAUAGAGUGUCUCGAAGCUCAAAAUAGUGAAUGGACUUGGCAAGUCAAGUCUUUAGAGAAAGCUGGACUCUUUAUUGUGUUGUAGGCUAUGAGUGUGGGUGAUGGAGGACAAUGAGUGUGGGGACUUGGACUACCUGGUCCAAGAUGAAGACACCCUCAUUGAAGGUGUUAGCAACCAGGUCUUAUUUGUUGUGGUGCUCAGUAUCACCUUCCUUGCAGGCCUCCUCACUCUGCUCUGCAGAGAAGACCAGCAGGACAUUCAUCCAGAGAAUCAGGAGCACGUCCGAGCCGUCCGUCAACAGCUCCAAACUGAGCAGGAUGAAAAUCCACAAGCGGAGGCCAGGCAGCAGUAUUACACAGAUAUGUCUUGUCCUGUGUGUUUACAGCAGGCUGUUCUGCCUGUGGAAACCAACUGCGGACACCUUUUCUGUGGCUCCUGCAUUGUAGCCUACUGGAGGUAUGGCACAUGGCUGGGUGCUAUUCACUGCCCCAUCUGCAGACAAAUGGUAACGUUGCUCUUCCCACUUUUUCAUGAGCACACCGCUCCUGAGAGGGUCCAGGAUGGCGAGGCAGAACCUCAGCUGAUAUUAACAGACAUAAACGAUUACAACCGCAGGUUCUCAGGCCAGCCCAGAUCUUAUAUGGACAGGCUGCGAGAUGUGCCCACCCUGCUUCGUCAUGCCUUCAGAGAGAUGUUCUCUGUGGGCGGCCUCUUCUGGAUGUUCAGGAUACGAAUUAUUCUCUGCCUAGUGGGAGCAAUCACCUACCUGGCCUCGCCGCUCGACAUCAUCCCCGAGGCACUUUUCGGUCUGCUGGGAUUCAUGGACGACUUCUUUGUGAUCCUACUCCUCUUUGUGUACAUCUCUAUCAUGUACAGAGAGGUGGUUACGCAGAGACUGUAUGGCUAGGUGUUCAAAAAGAAGCCUCGGCUUGCUCAUACCAGGCUCGGGAAGAAUGAACGCAGCGUCUGGGGGGGACAUGUAAAGACUGAAUAAAAAGACAGCUGGUCACAAAAAAUGCUGGAUCUCUCGGAGAGGUUUAAUUUGAAGCCCGGGAAGUCACUUCAUCGCUGGACAGUGGUUGGCAAAAGAAUGAACUCUGUAUAUAGAAUUCAGCGGUAAUGGUUCACAGAUUGAAUGACAUGAAGGUGAACAACAUCUGACGGCGUUGCCAAAAGAUGUUUUGGAUGAGUGCACAUCGUCAUAAUGGAGACAAUUUUGUAACAUAAUGUGAUCUUGAAUGUACUGUAUUAAUGGCAGUGUCUUGAUUAUAUUGCAUUUGAAGUUGUCUGUCUGCAUCCAGAUUGUCGAUGGUCAGACAAAUUAGUGUUUCUAGAACCAUCCUACUGUGGCUAUUACAGCUUACUCGGUCAAUUAAACUGCACUUAUCUAAGUAACCUUGGAUUACUAUGCAUAUUCAUAAUGACUUGAAAACAGCUUUUCAUGCUUUUGUGAAAAUGACUGGAUCAUUUUACUUCCAACUGUUUACAUUAUUGAUCAAAUCCGAUGAAACCUGAAUCUGAGCCAACUGACCAGGACAACCAUUCCACGUAAUAACUUCUCGAUUGGCAGAUUUUUAUUCAAGAAAUAAACAAAGUGAUCCCUUAAGAAGAAGGCAAACCAAAAGUAUCAGAGGGUAAUUAAAGGUCAUGUCGAAUGUAAACUCGCGAAUGUAAAUGAAUCUUGACUUUGCUUGCCACUUGAAGAUAAUCGUGAGUUUGGAUGUUUGUCUUCUGUACAGAACUUACAGUCCUAAUCAGUCAGUAGGUGAACAACUCUGCACACACAAAGCUUUUCGCAUAAUUCAAUUAAUAUUUGGAACAUAAGUUUUCAACCUGUUGGUCAAUUAAAAAGUUAAUAUUUAAAUAUUAGAAUGAUAUUGACAUGUGAUUCAGUUCAUUUAUUGUAAAAAGUUUGCAUAGUGUUCUUGGGCACUAGAUGGGUGUGAAAUGAAUGAGUGGGAUCAUUAUUGCAGAGCUAAUGCGGAUCCACAGUAAAGACGCAGUUCUCAUUCUCAA